GGCGCCCCCUCCAUUACUCGACACAAGCUUCGAAGCCUCGAUACAGAACGUCCCAUCACUAAUAUUUUCUUUUUAGGUCAUGGUGAUAAUAGAUGCUGUUUUUAUUGAGUCAGCAAACUAUGUCUUCUUAGUAAUGGUUCUGAUCAUGCUCACACUGAUCUUCAUCAUCUCCUCUUCAAGCUUCAGUUCCAAAAGAAAUGUAAAGGAGCCUCCGGGACUGAGAGCAUUUCCCCUGCUGGGGAAUCUUCUGCAGCUGGACCUGAAAAGACUUGAUAUCUCAUUAAUGGAGUUAUUUCAGAAAUAUGGAUCAGUCUUCACCAUCUAUCUGGGCCCUAAAAAAGUGGUGGUACUGGCAGGAUACAGGACAGUGAAGGAGGCACUUGUUGAUUGUGAUGAAGUGUUUGGAGAGAGACAGCCUUUGCACAUUGCGGAUGAAUUUAGCCAAGGCCAUGGGCUUUUUUGGUCUAAUGGUGAUUCAUGGAGAGAAAUGAGGCGCUUUGCAUUGACUAAUUUGAGAGACUUUGGAAUGGGCAAGAGAGCAUGUGAGGACAAGAUUAUUGAAGAAUGUCAAUACCUCAUUGAUGUUUUCAAGAAAUCUAAAGGAGAAGCUUUUGAUACAACCCAACCAAUUAACUGUGCAGUCUCUAACAUAAUCUGCUCCAUUGUCUAUGGACACAGAUUUGAAUAUAAUGAUUCACAGUUUACAACUCUGGUUUAUGGAGCAAGCAGAAAUAUCAGAAUUUUGGGCUCUGCUUCAAUACAGAUGUAUGAAAUGUUUCCAUCACUCUUCAAGUGGAUUGCCAACAGGAAGGAAUUCUUCAAAACUGCUGCUGCUAAUUCAAAGCAAAACCUUGCCAUAAUCAGACACUUAAAAGAGACUCUGAAUCCAGAGAUGUGCAGAUGCUUUGUGGAUGCCUUUCUGGUCCGCAAAAAGCACCUGGAGGAGGCUGGGAUUACCAACAGUCACUUCCAUGAUGAUAACCUUUUGAUGACAGUAAUGAACCUGUUUGCUGCCGGCACUGAGACAACAUCAACUACACUGAGAUGGGCACUUCUGCUUAUGGCUAAAUAUCCAAAGAUACAGGAUGAGGUCCAGGAGGAGCUGAGGAGGGUCAUAGGAGACCGGCAGGUGCAGGUUGCUGACAGGAAAAAUCUGCCCUUCACUGACGCCGUCAUCCAUGAGACACAGAGACUGAGCAGCAUCGUCCCCACUGCACUUCCUCACAAAACCACCCGAGACAUCACUUUUCAGGGUCACUUUAUCGAGAAGGGAACCACAGUUUUUCCUUUCUUGACAUCUGUCCUGCAUGAUCCCAGUGAGUGGGAGAGACCACACAGCUUUUAUCCUGCUCACUUCCUGGACAAAGAGAAAAAGUUUGUCAAGCGAGAUGCCUUCAUUCCCUUUUCUGCAGGUCGCAGGGUUUGCCUCGGAGAGAGCCUGGCCAGGAUGGAGCUCUUUCUCUUCUUCAGCACCCUCCUGCAGCAUUUUCGUUUCAUUCCUGCACCUGGAGUUUCAGAGGAUGAAUUGGAUCUCACGCCAAGUGUGGGCGCUACUCUCGGACCUUCACCUCACAAACUGUGUGCUGUUUCUUGUAUGUGA